UAAAGGACCAUUUUUGUCAUUUUGUCCGUCGACUUCAGUGGACUCUUUGUGACGAAUCUCUCUCUCUUUAUCUGUCUUCUAGUCUUCAGAACCAAAAAGGAAAUCUGGGACAAGUUGUAAAUAAUCAAAUCACACAACUACAAAUCUCAGAUGAACUUUCGCUCCAUAAAUCUCCUUGUCAAAACUUAGUUGUUUCUUGCUAUUACAGAGUGGAUUCGCCCGUGACCAUAAUAUCAAUUUGCUUUUGAUACGUUCCAAUUCUAUUUCUUCAAUCGGAUAAAUUUUGUUUUCUUUGUCCGGUGAACUUAAUAUUAGUAAUUAAGCGAUUUCUGCUUCUUGACUUGCUGGAAUUUUACUCAUUUCACGUGGGAUAAAAUUAGUGGUCUAAAGUCAACUCGGCCUAAGUGAUUUUUUGGAAACUUAGGCGGCCAAGUCCGGACAAAAGAGGAGGUUAGGGAAUGGUAUUUGCUCUUGGCUGUGCUACUCGAGAUAGUUUCCAUCGAGAAACUUGUUGCCCCUAGAAUGAUUUUGGAAGUUAAUCUUCUGCAUUGGCUUAAGUUAUGAAUCAUCGGCAAGAGGAGUUUUCGAGGUUUCAGGAUUGGAAAUCAGAGAAAAGCUCUGAAGGAAAUUUUCAUAAAUGGAGGGCCAAAAGCAUAAUACAAGCCGUAAAAUCUAGUCUAAGUGGUUUUGUGGAAGAAAACCUGGGAUCCAACAAGAACAUUCUUGAUCCGCAAGGACCUUUUCUUCAAAAGUGGAACAAAAUAUUCGUAUUAUCCUGUGUAAUUGCGAUCUCCUUGGAUCCAUUGUUCCUUUACAUUCCAGUGAUUGAUAAUGACAACAAAUGCCUGGGGUUAGACAGAACAUUGGAGGUCACAGCUAGUGUUUUGCGUUCUUUUACUGAUAUAUUUUACUUUCUUCAUAUUGCCCUUCAAUUUCGAACUGGUUUCAUUGCUCCUUCUUCACGUGUAUUUGGAAGAGGUGUUUUGGUUGAAAAUGCUUGGGAGAUAGCAAAGAGAUACUUGUCCACUUACUUCUUGAUCGAUAUUCUUGCAGUUCUACCACUACCACAGGUUGUAAUUUUAAUUGUAAUCCCUAAGUUGCGGGGUGCAAGAUCUUUGAAUACCAAGAAUUUGCUGAAGUCUGUUGUCUUUUUUCAAUAUAUUCCAAGGGUCCUUCGAGUUUAUCCUUUAUAUAAAGACGUCACAAGAACCUCUGGCAUACUCACUGAAACGGCAUGGGCUGGAGCUGCCUUCAAUCUCUUCCUGUAUAUGCUUGCCAGCCAUGUACUUGGAGCCUUUUGGUAUCUGUUUUCUAUCGAGCGUGAAACUACUUGCUGGAAACAAGCUUGUGGAAACUCCUCUGCCUGUCGUCAUGCCUCAAUGUAUUGUGAUGGUGAUCAUACCAGAUUUAAAACGUUGCUGAAUAUUUCCUGUCCUAUAGAGACACCAAAUGCAACGCUCUUUGAUUUUGGGAUAUUCCUUGACGCUCUCCAAACAGAUGUUGUGGGAUCAAUGAAUUUUCCACAGAAGUUUUUUUAUUGUUUCUGGUGGGGUUUACAAAAUUUAAGUUCCCUUGGUCAAAACCUCCAAACAAGUACCUUCGUCUGGGAAAUUUGCUUUGCAGUUUUCAUUUCCAUCUCAGGCCUGGUGCUAUUUGCCCUUCUCAUUGGAAAUAUGCAGACAUGUCUGCAGUCCUCAACAAUAAGACUAGAGGAGAUGAGAGUGAAAAGGCGAGAUGCAGAACAGUGGAUGUCACAUCGGUUACUCCCUGAGAACCUCAGAGAGCGAAUAAGGCGCUAUGAGCAAUACAGGUGGCAGGAAACUAGGGGUGUUGAUGAAGAGAAUCUGAUUCACAGCCUUCCCAAAGACCUCAGGAGAGAUAUAAAGCGCCAUCUUUGUUUAGCUUUACUCAUGAGAGUGCCAAUGUUUGAAAAACUGGAUGAGCAACUCUUGGAUGCACUAUGCGACCGACUCAAGCCAGUGCUCUACACCGAGGACAGCUUCAUUGUUCGUGAAGGUGACCCAGUUGAUGAGAUGUUGUUUGUAAUGAGGGGCAAACUACUGUCUGUAACCACUAAUGGAGGGAGGACAGGUUUUUUUAACUCCGAGUAUCUAAAAGCUGGUGAUUUUUGUGGAGAGGAGCUACUUACUUGGGCUCUUGACCCUCAUUCAUCAACUAACCUACCUAUCUCAACCCGUACUGCACAAGCACUCUCAGAAGUUGAAGCAUUUGCUUUAGUGGCUGAUGAUUUAAAGUUUGUGGCCUCUCAGUUCCGAAGACUUCACAGUAAACAGCUCCGCCAUACUUUCAGGUUUUACUCAGGUCAAUGGAGAACUUGGGCAGCUUGCUUCAUACAAGCAGCAUGGCGCAAUCAUUGCAGGAAGAAGGUAGAAGAGUCUCUUCGUGAAGAAGAAAGCAGGUUGCAAAAUGCAUUAGCAAAGGGAAGUCCCAGUUCACCAAGCUCACCAAGUUUUGGUGCAACCAUCUAUGCAUCAAGAUUUGCUGCUAAUGCACUUCGUGCUUUGCGGCGCAACACAAAAAACAAAGCAAGGGUGCCAGACAGGAUAUCGCCCAUUCUGCUUCAGAAACCUACGGAGCCAGAUUUUACGGGUGAAGAUAAAUAACUGCCAUUAAUCAAUGUAAUGUCUUAUCUUGUUGUAAAUGAUUGAGUUGCAAUUUUGGUCUUGUUUCUUGUGUAUAAUGCAUUUAUAGGCAAUUUCUUCAAGCCUUGAGGCUUGUUGGAAUGAAAGCAAUGGUAUUUGUACAAAAAAAAAAAAAAAUGAUGCUUCUACCAUUUUACCAGAUCAUCAUAGGAUCGAUCCCCAACAAUGACUACGCCUCAAUUCCAAGCCAAUUAAUGUCAAUAAUAUAAAUCCUCAAUAUCCAUUUGGACCUAUUUUA